ACCCUUACACAAAGGUCUCUGUUCUUCUUCUCCACCUUUCUCUAUUAUUUUCCUAACAAAAUGGAGAACAACAACCUUUUCCAAUGGUUAAAGCCUUACAUCGCCAUGAUCUCUCUUCAGUUCGGCUAUGCCGGCAUGAACAUCAUAACUAAGGUUUCUCUUAAUCAUGGUAUGAGCCAUUACGUCCUCGUUGUUUAUCGCCAUGCUUUCGCCACCCUUUCCAUUGCCCCUUUUGCUCUCAUCCUUGAAAGAAAAGUGAGGCCAAAGAUCACAUUCAAGAUUUUCUUGCAAAUUUUCGUCUUGGCACUCCUCGGCCCAGUGAUUGAUCAGAAUUUUUACUACGCCGGUUUGAAGUUCACGUCGCCGACUUUCUCUUGUGCCAUGAGCAACAUCUUGCCUGCCAUGACAUUCGUGUUGGCGGUCAUUUGCAGGAUGGAGAAAGUGAACAUCAAGAAGCUGAGAUGCCAAGCGAAAGUGGCCGGGACUGUUGUGACAGUAGCCGGAGCCAUGCUAAUGACAUUAUACAAAGGGCCCGUGAUGCAAAUGGUAUGGAGCAAGCAUGCACAUGUUCACCAAACGAACACUGAGAUGAGCAGCGCUGCCCUUGAUAAGAAUUGGUUCGAAGGGUCGAUCUUCCUCAUCAUUGCCACUCUUGCAUGGGCAUCUCUUUUCAUUCUCCAAGCUGCAACACUGAAGGAAUAUUCAGCUCAGCUCUCUCUCACCACUUUGAUUUGCUUUGUGGGAACUUUACAAGCCAUUGCUGUCACUCUUGUCAUGGAGCACAAUCCUUCUGUUUGGAAAAUUGGGUUUGAUAUGAACCUCCUUGCUGCUGCCUAUGCUGGGAUUGUGACAUCAAGCAUUGCAUACUAUGUGCAAGGAUUGGUGAUACAACAAAGAGGACCGGUAUUUGCAUCCGCAUUCAGUCCAUUGAUGAUGAUCAUAGUGGCAAUAAUGGGAUCCUUCAUUCUCGCCGAGAAGAUUUAUCUAGGAGGUUUGCUCGGAGGUGUUUUGAUCGUCGGAGGACUUUAUUCGGUUUUGUGGGGAAAGCAUAAGGAGAACAAGGAGAAAGAGGUGGAGGCCAUGGAGUUGCCAGUGGCUUUGAAGGGAGUUGAAGAGAAUGGGAAAAUUAUAAAGUGUAAAGAGAUGCAACAACAUGAGGUUGAGGUUGAGGUUGAGGUUGAGAUUGAGAAGAUGAAAAAGGGAGUGGUGAUAGUGAGUGUGCCACCAAUUCAAGAGGCUUCAAUGAUUGGAAAAGAAGCACCGAAGGCUUAAUAAUUAGUUAAUUUAUUAGGAUUAAUUAGUACUUCUUGUUCUUGUUCUUGUUCUUCUUUUUUUUUUAUCUUUUUUAUUCUCUCUAUUAUGCAAGGGAGUAAAGAGAGACAGGGAAUCAAGGUGGAGUUGCUUUUUUUAUUUCCUUUUUAUUUUCUUUUUAUUUUUCUUUUUAUAUAUUUUUUUUUGUGUUGAUCUUUUGAUCAUGUUCUUAGCUUUUUUAUUUUUCUUUUGGUUCAACUUCUUGUUGUCUCAUUUUGGUCUGUUAAUUAAUGGUGGUGUUGUAUGAAAUGGUUCAAGUGGAAAUUAACAUGCCAUGUUGAGAAUUUUACAA